GGUCGUGGCUGGCCCUCCCGUGGGACGUCACCGUCGUGCUCCUCGGCUCUCACCCGUCGGCGCACGCCCUCGCCGGACGGCUCGGACGCCGGGUCACCGUCGAGGCCGCCGUCGAUUCCUCGUGCGGGCACUCUCGCCAAUUCAACUCGUACAGUUUGUUCAGUACGCCAUGUAGGCUGCUCGAACUGAGCUGCACUUGCUUUCCUGGUUUCAGGUUCACGGGGACGCCAUUCUUCCACUCCAUGGUCGCUAGAGCACAAGCUGCCGGCUCCGACAUCUGCGUCCUCGUUGACCCUGAAAUUGUUCUGCUUCCAGAAACCGUCACAUUACUGACAGAUCUCAGCAGAAUCAGCCGUGACUGGCUCCUCGUUUCAACGUCACGCAACAUUUCCAGCUUCCCCUACAAUCUCGCCAACAACGCGAUGCUAGAGGAGAUUCAAGCUGACAAACGGGCGGCAGAUAGCAGCGACAGGGGGCUUAUUUUCGCCUGGAACAAUCCGGGCAGUCCAUUGCUAGAAGGAGUUGUGCCUUCUUUUCUAUAUGGAAGAGGGGCACACAACAGGUGGCUGGCCCAUGAGGUUCUGUCAUCUGAAACGAGAUUCGUCUUCGAUGCAAGCAGUCUAGUUCUUGGGCUAUACCCUGAAGAUUUCACCGCAAAGCACGGCGCAGGUUCGAGUAGCAGCGGUAGAUUACCUGAUGGAUCCUGGGAGUAUGGUGUCAAUCGCCAUCUCGCUUCGGUUUACGGGUCGUAUAGCCACCGUCCGCCAGGAGGUCAUCAUUCUUUUUCCACGCUGUAUAAAGUAGUAAAGCAUUCUGAAGAUUACAUGCUGAGCAAAGUUCAAGAGCCAACAUUCUCAAGAUUUUUCAUAGGUAAAGAACAGAAUGCCCAUGAAGAGGUUGGUAGUAACCCAUGGAAAAAAGAGAACAAUUGCUUGUCUGAUCAUCUGCGAAGCUAUUCUUCAGAAGUCUAUGAUGUUCCAUAUUCGUUAGAAAUGCUCCUUCAGUUUGUAGCCGAUCAGAAUAGGUCUGUUGUUCUUGGUGUUGCUGGGGCAAGUUACAGGGACAUGCUUAUGAGUUGGGUGUGCCGCUUGCGCCAUCUCGGAGUCAACAAUUUUGUAGUUUGUGCUCUAGAUCAAGAGACAUACGAAUUCUCCGUCUUGCAGGGUUUGCCAGUUUUCAGAGAUCCAUUGUCACCAAAGAACGUCAGCUUUGAUGACUGCCACUUUGGAACCCAGUGUUUUAAGCGGGUGACGAAGGUUAAAUCGCGCAUUGUUCUGGAGAUUAUAAGGAUGGGGUACAAUGUGCUGCUAAGUGAUGUUGAUGUCUAUUGGUUUCGAAAUCCAGUGCAAUUCCUGUAUUCUCUUGGACCAGCAACAUUCGCAGCACAGUCAGAUGAACACAAUGAGACAGGGCCAAUAAACAUGCCGCGCCGACUAAACUCGGGUUUCUAUUACGCCCGGUCAGACAGCGCCACCAUCACCACAAUGGAGAUGGUAGUGAAGCACGCAGCCAAAUCAAACUCGUCAGAGCAGCCAAGCUUCUACGACGUCCUGUGUGGGAAGGAGGGUGUGAACCGCCUCGGCGACGACAGAUGCCUAGAGCCUAGCACGAACCUCACCGUCGUGUUUUUAGACAGGGACAUGUUUCCCAACGGAGCUUACAAGGGACUUUGGGAAAGGCAUGAUCUGCGCUCAGCUUGCAGGAGCCUCGGGUGUUUCAUCAUCCACAAUAACUGGGUAAACGGGAGGAAGAAGAAGCUGCGGCGACAGAUGGUGUCUGGGCUGUGGGACUAUGAUCCUAGCUCCAGGAUGUGCUUGCAGAGUUGGGGUGUGGCAAGUAGCUUCGCAGUGGUGGAGUAGUCUCAUCUAUCUGGCCACACGGGCAGUUAGUGUUGAGGUACUUGCCAUGCUAAUUUUGAAAAUGUUCAGGGAUUGACAACCUGCUUGUGUUGACAAGACGUAUUACUUGUUUGUUGAUAGCGUCAUGCACACAAAACAGGCAAAACAUUGUUCAGAGCUCAGACUUGAAUCUGAAACAUAGUCUAAAAUCAUGCCUCUCAGCUAUCUGAUACUCAGUUGCGGAGACAUCAUCUAUGUUUCAGGUGUUAAACAGGAAGGGAACAUGAAAUGGAAUGAAAUGAAAUAAAAAGCUUACAUUUA